GCUUAACUGAGGGUACUGAGUCAUCAUCAUUGCUAUUUCGGUCGCGUCAGUGGUGCGGUGCACGUUUAUAACAUUAAUACAAAUUAUAUAAAAUGCUAAUAACAAUAUUGAUGCUUACAUCGCUUUUAAUACAAGCCUAUAGUGUCCCUGACGGUGAUAACCAAGACCCUAUUGCAACAAAAGGAAGAUAUCAUUUCAAUCAUCCACCUUCUGUAGAAAAUUAUAAUCCGAUUGAAGAGUCUCUUCAGUACAGUGAAAAUACGGUUAAUAAACCAAGAAUAGACAGAGAACUUAGUUAUUCUGAAGAUGAUGUAGUAACUAACGACAAAACAUCUACGGAAAUAGUUCCAGAUCAACUAAGUAUUGAUAAUGUCCAGGUUGUAAAGAAGAAUGAAAUUAGGGAGCGUGUUCUUAGCAAUAAAGAAAAUUCUGCUUUAGAAGAAAUAGAGUCUACCAAAUUUAAAAAGCAAGAUGAAGUUAAAAGUAAAUCCAAGGAUACUGUUCGCAAAAGCAAAGUUAAAGUUCGAAAGCUUUCAAAAUCCCUUCAAGAAGCUCAAACCACUACAUUGAAGCCUAUUGUAAGUUCAAAUAGAAAAGAAAGAAGAGAGCGUGAUCCAGUCGUACCAAUCGUAGAAUCCGAAAAUCGUGUUUAUGGACACAAUGGCAAAUUUCAUUACAGUUACGUGGGCGGAGACGGCACGAGAGCGCUUGAGGAGGGAAAAUUAAAGGUUUUCGAUGAUAAAACAACUGGUGAGGCUGUGGAAGGAAGUUUUUCAUACACUGAUAAAGAUGGAAAUGAUUUCAGUUUGUCAUACACUGCCGACGAGAACGGCUACAGGCCGAUAGGGGCCCAUCUGCCCACUCCACCACCCAUACCACCCGCCAUCGCACGCGCACUGCAAUAUUUAGCAACAAAAACUGUCGUCGAAUCUACUACUAAAAUCUGAAGGUGGUAUUUAAAUUGAUAUGUAUACAAAACAAACAUAAAAAUAAUGGAUCAAAAUUUAUAAGAUGAAUAAAUAUUUUCGAGAAAGUCAUGACAAUAUCUUUUAAGACUGAUUUAUUUGUGAUUGUAAUUUUAAUAAAGUCUUCGAUAUUUAUCA